GGACACUUGGCAGCAGGCUUGUGGUACGGUUUCAGCAGGCUCCGACCACAGACUGUUUUCUUUGCAGAAAUCUAUGGAGGAUCUGGAGAGGGUGGAAGUGCGCCAUGCAUAUGAAACUCCAGCUGGAAACUCACAGUAGUUCCCAAACAAACCCAGAGAAGGAGAGGCUGGAACUGCUGUGGAAUAAGGGACUGUAAUCAACUCUCCUUCUAAGGGAAGUCGGGAACCUUCUCCCUUUGCUUCGUGAAAACUAAGCUGAAUCUUUUGCCAAACGCCUAUAAAUGAGGCAAAAUGGCCCGUGAUUUGACUUCAGCUGCAUUUCUCUCCCAGCCAGUUCUCUCCUCUGCAGCUGAUUGGCUCUGGAGUGUGGCCAGAACUCCACCUCCUGCAAUAAAGGAGUCCAGGGCUAACUGGUCUUUCUCUUCUGAAUGAUGGCGCUUACCGUCUCUAUCCUCAGGCUGCUCGUCGGCAUCCUGGCAUUUCCCAUGUUCCUGCUGAACUUUCUAGGCUUGUGGAACCAGAUAUGCAAAAAAUGGUUCCCCUACUUCAUGCUGAGGUGCUCCGUGAUGUACAACCAGCAGAUGGCCAGCAAGAAGCGGGAGCUCUUCAGCAACCUGCAGGACUUCGUGGGCCCCUCCGGGAAACUCUCCCUGCUGGAGAUAGGCUGCGGCACCGGGGCCAACUUCAAGUUCUACCCACCCGGAUGCAGCGUGACCUGUAGUGACCCCAACCCCAACUUUGAGAAGUUCUUGAUCAAGAGCGUGGCGGAAAACCGACACCUGCAGUUCGAGCGCUUCGUGGUGGCUGCCGGGGAGAACAUGCCUCAGGUGGCCGAUGGCUCCAUGGACGUGGUGGUCUGCACCCUGGUGCUGUGCUCCGUGGAGAGCCAGGAGCGCAUCCUCCAGGAGGUGCGCAGAGUGCUGAGGCCGGGAGGGGCUUUCUACUUCCUGGAGCAUGUAGCAGCAGAGAGCUCAACUUGGAAUCACUUCUGGCAACAAAUCCUGCAUCCUUCCUGGUACCUGCUGUUUGACAGAUGCCACCUGACCAGAGAGAGCUGGAAGGCGCUGGAGCAGGCAGCCUUCUCGGAGCUCAAGCUGCAGCACUUCCAGGCGCCGCUGUCCUGGAAGCUGAUUCGCCCCCACAUCUGUGGCUACGCUGUGAAGUAGCCCCAGUGGGGAGCAGAGAGCUGAAUGGCUCAUGGCUUCAGGCUACACUUUUACACUUAAAAUACUAAUUGGAAGAAAGGAAACGUUUUGUUUUUUUUUUAAAGUAAAGUUGCAUUUCAUCCCUAAGAAUUUAUGUUACAACUUCUUUAGCUAUUUUCUGUUGUCUCCCAGAGGAUCAAAACCAAACCAAAGCAAAACAGGGUUCUCCCUUAAAAGGAAAUGCUGGGGGGCACCUGGGGGACUCAGUUGGUUAAGCGACUGCCUUCAGCUCAGGUCAUGAUUCCAGGGUCCUGGGAUCAAGCCCCGCAUCGGGCUCCUUGCUCAGCAGGGAGCCUGCUUCUCCCUCUCCCUCUAUCUGCUACUCCACCUGCUUAUACUCUGUCAAAUAAAUAAAUAAAAAUUCUCUAAAAAAAAAAAAAAAAAAGGAAAUGCUGGGCUUUCAUAAUUGAAGUUUACCGUUAUCCCCAAACUUCAGUUUAUGCGAUAACUUCAAAAUCCUUCCAAUUUAUAUUGUUACCUGGCAGAUUUUCCUUUCACCCCCUCUUUGAGAGCUUGGUGCUAAGAGGCAGUGAAAUCACUCAAAAGAGGACUUGAAAAGGGAAAGUGACAAGAUCUUAAUACUUCACAAACUGAGCCAAGAAAUACCAACUAGUUGAAAACCCAAAUCUAAGUAGCCCAGCUCUUUUUGAAAGAGAAAUCUGAAUCUAUCUGUUGUUCCUAGUAACGGGGCUGGUUUUCAAAAUUAAUGGACUAGGAAGCCACAGCUAGCUCUGCCCAGCGUUGUUGUUUUUACUCCACUGACGUUUGCGUUCCUGCAUUCCAGUCUUCAAUUCUUAAGAUGAAGAGUGUACUUGACACCUUAGUAUAACCAGAAAAAUAGCUGAGGCACUUAAGUUUCUUGAAUACAUUUUCCUUAUUACAUAGCAGAUACUUUGCUGCAUGUCUUAAACUGUAGGUAAGGAAAAGGCCCACUGUAAUUAGGAAAACCUUGGAUAAAAUUAGGUACGCUUUCUAAGAGCCCCUAAAACCUAGGCAUUCUGGGAGUCUGUAAAGAAGUAGACACGUAUUUGGGUGAUUAUUCUGACCAAAUUUCCACUCCUGUCCCAGGAUGAUUUCUUUGUUCCUUGCCACCAUGGAAACCUCUGAAAAUCAUAAGUGCUUUGAAAACAAGUGUUAGGUUGGUCAGUCAGAGGGAUUAAGAAUAGCAUUUUCAGGGGCGCCUGGGUGGCUCAGUUGGUUAAGCGUCUGCCUUCAGCUCAGGUGGUGAUCUCUGGGUCCUGGGAUCAAGCCCCACGUUGGGUUCCCUGCUCAGUGGGGAAUCUGCUUCUCCAUCUCCCUCUGUCCUUCCACCCUGCUCAUUCUCUCUCUCUCUCUCUCAAAUAAAUAAAUAAAAUCUUAAAAAAAAAAUAGCAUUUUUGGCAAUAGUUUGUGUGUAUGUUAAUAAAUUUAGUAUAUUCUCUGUAAAGUAUAAUGACUUUACAAAGGGACUAUUUUAAAUAUGAAAUCAAUCAAAUUCACAUAGAUUUUAGGAAUGGAAAUAAAGGGUUUAUAUCUUUG